AUGUUGAGUUCCGCGGCGGUGUUGAUUGCGUUUUGCGCUUGGCCAGCGCUGCUUCAGUGGACGCCCGCCGGUGCCGCGAACAUCCUUGCGGUGCAGACGAUCCCUGGCAAGAGCCACUGGAACGUGAUGCGGGCCGUGCUGCAGGCGUUGACUGACCGUGGCCACACCGUAACCGUGUUCACGCCAUUCGUGGACGGCGACCGUGAUGGUUACACCGAGGUGGACGUGUCCGAUCAAACGGGACCGAGGCUAGAACUGGACGCCACGUUCCUGAUUGAAAACUUUGGGACCACGCGAAAGUUAAUGACGAACAUGGUGAAUGUCACGCGGGUAGGUUGCGACAUGAUUUACGAACACCGUCAGAUGGCUGACAUCUUGAACGGGACAGCGGCGCGGAAAUUCGAUUUGGUCGUCACCGAACCACUAGUGUCCGAGUGCGUGGCUUACGCGGCCACCGUACUCCACGUGCCCAUGGUGUACGUAGUCCCGCCACCGAUCAUCACGUACUUGGAACGUCCGAUGACCGGCCACGCCUCGAAUCCGGCGUCCACGGGGCAUGUGCUGUUCGGCCACGGCGUCCCCGAAACGUUCGCCGAACGUUUCGCGAACCUGGUGCUAACGGUGUACUGUUCGACGUUGACGUGGUACUUCGAAUGGCAGCUCCGGCGGGCCGAUCCACGACCGUACGACAUCGUGGACUUGGUCAGACCGUUGAUGAUUUUCACCAACACGCAUUUCAUCACCGAACCAGUUCGGCCGCUAACGCCGGACGUCGUACAAAUCGGUGGCAUACAUCUGACUCAGUCCAAACCAAUACCGAAGGACAUUUUAGAAUUCAUUGAAGAUGCACCUAAUGGUGUGAUUUACUUUACGUUCGGAUCGGUGGUUUCGAUGUCGUCGUUACCGGAAAAUGUUCAGAGCGCAUUCCGGAAGGCUCUCGCUCGGGUUCCACAAAAGGUUUUGUGGAAAUACGAAGGUGAAAUGGCAGACAAACCGAAUAAUGUGAUGACGCGGAAUUGGUUUCCUCAACGCGAUAUACUUGGUUCGUUCUGA